AUGGACGAUGCCAGUUAUUUCUCUGAGAGUAACAUCUCUCCCAUCAUCAUCAUUCCGCAUGUAAUUCUCAGCUUCAUCGCUACUGUACUUGUCGGCUUGCGAAUAUAUACCUCGCGAUACAUCACAAAGACUUCUACCACUCUCGAUGAGUGGAUAACUAUAGUCGCUCUCUUGAUCAACCAUGCAAUCGCGAUCGUUGAAGGCAUUUGCGUGCAUUAUGGUUACGGUCAGAAUAUCGUCGUAGUAAUGAGGGACUAUGGUGGUCCCUCCGAUUUCCUGAGGACGUUUGUUCUCUGCGAAGUGGGAUAUGGACUCGGCUGUGCCCUGUCCAAGAUAGCUGUGCUUUCUAUGUACUACCGUAUCUUCUCCACCUCGAAGACACUGCGUUACGCAACUUGGAUCCUGUGCAUUAUGAUUUCUGGAUGGGGGAUUGCGACUGUCUUGGUUAGCAUCUUCAGUUGCAACCCGAUUCGAGGCUUUUGGGACAAGACUAUCCCUAGCAAAUGCGUUGACACGAAUAAGUUUUUUAUUGGAAUUACUAUCCCUAACAUCAUAUUCGAUAUUUUGACGGUCGCCCUACCUGUCAACGAGGUCUGGAAACUGCAAUUGCACAGGGACAAGAAAUGGGCUAUUACCAGUAUAUUCCUACUCGGAGGAAGGUAUGUCGAAACGAGUAUCUGGGAAACGAAGAACGCUGACAAAGUUCUUAGUGUCGUCAUUGCCUCAAUCGCGCGUCUUGUCCUCUAUUGGGUCUUCCACAGCUCUCAAAACAUCACCCAAGUGAUGAUCUUCGGUCAUCUAGCAUCAAGUUCCGAGAUAGUCCUUGCCAUUAUCGGAGCCUGUUUACCUUCUUGCGCACCGCUCUUGAAGCGGAUGAUGCAGAGAUUCGUUUCUACAGUAGGCGAUAAUACCGAAGGUACUGCAGGAAACGCCCCAAGAUCCGCACUGGUCACCGUAGGUCAGAUACGCAGCCGCGGUAUUGUUACCACGAAUGUGCAUAGAGGCAAAGAUGAGGAGGGCUCCUUUGAGCGUCUUGAUGACAAUGGGAGCUUCCAGGAAUCAACUGACGGCUUAUAUGUCAAUGGAUCUGAGUCUGCUAGGAAUGAGGGCAAGCCCGGGGUAUGGAAGCAAAUACACAUUCAACGCGAAUUCGAGGUAGGAAGUGUAAACGGAGAUAUCCCAAUGAGGGAACUUUAG